UUGCAUUGUUGGGAGUGGAAUGCGAGGGGGACCAGGAGGGAGAGAUUUCGGGCAGGUGUCUUUGGGAAUCCCCUCCCUCUGAGCCCUUUUUCUUCCCCUGCCUACUUCCCAGACACCCAGAGAUUAGGUCCCCAGCUCUCAAAAAAGAGGGUCAGCUAUGUUUAGAAAUUGGCCAGAGAGGCAAGGCACUGAGGUGUGAAUGUGAAAGCCCAGGUACAAGAGGAGGUUAAGCAAUCUCCAGGAUCCCCGGCAGAAUGUCUCAGGAGAAUGACACGUGGAGGAAAGAGGCCCUGGGCAAUGAGCUUGCCACUAUGAGGCUGCAGAAGCUGGAACAGCAGAGGAGGCUGUUUGAGAUGAAGCAGCGACGGAAGCGCCAAGAGCCUCUCAUGGUUCAGGCAAAUCCUGAUGCUACCCUGUGGCCCCGGAGAAACCGGUGGAGGAUGGGCCGCUUUGCAUCUGACAGUGGCCUCGGGAACCCUUUCCUUCAGGAGAACGUGCCAGAGGCACAUCUGCGCUCAGGUGUUCACAGCACUCUGGGUAUUGUGAGCUGCGAUGGGGAUGGUAGUGGUGAGCGCCGUACCUUGGCAUCACCGGCAGAAGCAGAUAGUUGCGAUCCGGAGUUGGAGGAAGUCUCCGUGGAGGACAUUCCAACCUUUCCCCCUCCUUAUAAAGAACUUCGUGGGGCUCGACGCAGGGGUUGGCCGGCUUGCCUCAGACCUGGGAGUAACGCAGAUGAUGAGAGUGAAUACGCAGAUGUUGGAGAUGAGUAUGAGGUCCCCAUUUUGGAACCAGACUUUGAAGUGGAUGGUGACCAGGGACCUGAAGACUUAGCAUCUUGCAAGGAUGAAGACCUGGAAGGUAAGAGAGAGGAGUUGGAGUCUACACUGACAGACUUCCUUGGGGAGAAUAGCCAAGAGGUGUCCUCCAAAGGCAAAUUCGCAGGCAAGGCGGGCGAGAAUAAGGGCAAGGGAAGCCCGGAAAGUAGCAACAAGGAGGCGUCGCCCCGCUCGCCCACCCGCUUGCCCACCUGCGCCCCAGGCCCUCGACUGGGCGAGGACAUGGAAGCGUACGUGCUCCGGCCGGCGCUGCUGGGUUGCAUGGUGCAGUGCCGCAUCAGCCGCGACAAGAGCGGCGUAGACAAGGGCAUGUUCCCUUCCUACUACCUCUACCUGGAGGCGACCAACGGCCUGAAGCGCUUCCUGCUAGCUGGGCGGAAGAGAAGAAGGAGCACAACCUCGAAUUACCUCAUCUCCCUGGAUCCCACCAACCUGUCUCGGGAUGGAACCCACUUUAUUGGAAAAGUCAGAUCUAAUAUCUUGGGCACCAAGUUCACCAUCUUUGACAACGGGGUGAAUCCUGAUAAGAAGAGUUUUGGCCCGGAGACUGCUCGGAUCAGGGAAGAGCUGGGGGCUGUGUGUUAUGAGACCAACGUCUUGGGAUUCCGAGGGCCCCGGAAAAUGACUGUGAUCAUUCCCGGAAUCGAUGCCCAGAAUCGGAGGAUCAGCAUCCAGCCGCAAAAUGAACAGGAGUCGCUACUGAAUCGCCUCCAAAGCGGGGCCAGCCAGGGGCUGGUCCUGCUGCAAAACAAAGCCCCGAUGUGGAACGACGAGAAUGGCGCCUACGUGCUCAAUUUUCAUGGUCGAGUCACUCGGGCCUCGGUCAAGAACUUCCAGAUCAUGCAUCCAGAUGACCCGAACUCCCUGGUGCUCCAGUUUGGUCGAGUCUCCUCGGAUUCGUUCACUAUGGAUUUCAGCUUUCCGCUUUGUCCACUCCAAGCCUUUGCCAUCUGCCUGUCUAGUUUUGAUGGGAAGCUGGCAUGUGAGUAAUCCAAUGAAAUAUACUCUCACCAGCAUCUGUGCAUCUUAUUGGGCCCCAGCACACUCUUUUGCACCAUCUUCCUGAUAACCAGCUCUUACUAGAUGAGGACUGGGGUGCCCAAUCCUGUCUCUAGACUGUGAGCUGUUCAGCAGCACCAGCUCCCUUGAGACUCACAACCGAUCAUGAGAUAGAACUUCCACCACCAACAUUCAAAACACUACCCUCGGUGAAGGAGAAAAGCACAUGGAAGACCAGGUUGACUGGUUAGAGCAAGGCAUCUGUAAAAAAGAUUUUCAUACAAUAUGUGAAGAAUCACAUGCUAGCUGAGCCCCAGGGGCCAGGGGGAAGGGCCAUCAGGCUGUAGGCACAGCUCCUAGAGGUCUUAAAGUGAAUGGGGGGACAUGGUUAGUUUGGGAAAGUGAAAGGAGUGUGGCAGGCCUGGGGAUCCAAAGGACAGGGACAGGGUAUGAGGGGAAUGGUUGGAUGAGGGUGCAGGAUUUGGGAGGCAGUCUUGAACCGCAGCACAGAGGUACUGAUUAAAGAGUUAUAAGCUGGGGGAGUCCCUAAGGAUGGCCUUAAGACAGGCAUAGGUGAGAAUGAGAAUAAUUACCAUACUAUCUAACACUUAUGUAGCAUUAUCUGAUGAGCAUUGUUUGAAAUACUC